AGUUCAAGUGAAAAUAUAGGGGUUCAAUAAUUGUGCAGCAAAACAUCGUAGGAAAUUGAGGGAUUUGUGUGACUUUUUAGACAACCCAGAUCUUGGGAAAGCCGUGACCAUGGUUUCCAAUUUCCGCAACCCAACACUCAACGAGGAAAGGAUAUUUGGCAAUCCCAAUAUGAUAAGUACACCAUCAGGUAUGAUUCCGACGAGCCAUCCACCACCCUUACCACCUAGACCACAGUUCCUCGGUGGUGGGGGUGAUACCAUGUUUGGCAAUCGGUACGGCUUCGCUGGAACAUCCGGAUAUCAGGGAUACAGUCCCUACGGUGGAUAUUCUUCUAUGGACUAUUAUGGGCACAGAGGCUACGGAGGAUACAUGGGACAGGGCUAUGGUGGCUACGGAAAUCCGGGAGGGUUUCCGUAUCCCGAGCAGAGAUUUAUUCAACUAGCUGAAGAAAGUUCUCGACCAGCAUUCCAAAUUCUCGAGUCGUUGGUUGGUGCAGUUGGAAAUGUAGCCACGAUGCUAGAUUCAACGUUCUUUGCCGUAACCAGCUCGUUCCGUGCUAUUUUGAGCGUUGCAGCUAACUUGGCGCACCUGAAAGGCACAUUUGCACAAUUCUGGUCUUCUCUGGCAAUUGUACGAGCAGCUGUGUGGUUGUACAAAAAAUUGCUGUAUAAAUUACGGAUAACUAAAACAGACCCAACAAUGGAAGCUUUCAAGGAGGCUUUCCACCUAUCAAGCAGUAAUGAUCCUGCAGCCAUUUCUAGUGGAAAACGUUCAUCAUCGCUGGUAGCUGCACUUUUCAUGGGUUUCAUGCUAUCAGUUCCUUAUAUGUUAAUCAAGCUUUUCGCUCCUAAAUUGAAAGAAGACAAAGAAUUAGCAAACGCCAGCUUGUGGAGUAACCCACUGGAGGUGCAGGUGCUACACAACUUCGAAGCGUCCAAUGCACAGGAAUUGUCGAUCCGAGCUGGACAAAUGGUCCUCCUGGCACCUAAGCAAAUACAGACAGAUAAGCAACUUCUGAAUACCGGCUGGGUGUUGGCGGCAACGAUGGAUCGAAAAACAUCCGGAAUCAUUCCACUAAACUAUGUGCAGGCUAUAAAACAACCUUUAGAAACACAAUAACCUCCAUAUCCUGUUGGUUCGGUAUAAUUUUAUGGGUAAAAAUAAACGACAAAAGUAA